GUAACUUGCAGUUUGAAGCUUGAGCUCCAAGCGGAUUUGUACACGCAGCCUUACAACACUGUAGCUCUUCGAGUCACGGAACGUUCCUCCUGGCUUGAUGGCUCUGAUGUGAGCUACUCUAACUGGGCGAAUGAGCCCUUAACAGGAGCCAGGUGUGGUUACAUCCUCCAGGACUCAGGCUUUCAAUGGGAGGCCACAGACAACUGCACCCAAGAGAUGCACUUCGCCUGUGAAUUUGAGACUGGGAAAUCUAUGGCUUGCUCAAACUACAAUGCCACACUUGAGUGCGGCUCUGGGCAGGUGAUAGAGGUGGACAACAGCUUCUUUGGUAGGAAGACCAUACACUACUGCCAGGGGUUCACCUCUUCCUCCAUCAUGUCCUCACAAGAGGAGUGCAGCUGGGUGGAUGUAGUACAUUUAGUAGCAGGGCAAUGUCACAGACUGCAAGCCUGCCAGGCUUGGGCAGAUUCGUCAUCCUUUGGAGAACCAUGCCCCGGUCUUGGAAGCUACUUGUCUGUGGAAUAUCAUUGUAAAGAUGGUCUUCACCUGCUCAUGGGCAAGUUGGCUACUGUCUUUGACAAUGUCACAAUCCAGGUGAAGCUUUUGCACCCUUUCCAGGGUAAUCUGACAUGCACACUCAGUGCAGGUGAUGGCCACACCAUUAACCCCUACAGCCUUGAUGAGCCACAGGCCAGUGUGGUGCAUCAGUACAGCCAUCCAGGUGUCUUCACUGUCGGGGUGGAGUGCACCACCAGUGAGUGGCAUAUCACUGCACAGAAGUCCAUCACCAUCCAGGAGCCACUUGGGGAAUAUGGAGUGGUCAAGUGCUACAGCAUGGGCCAGCCAAUGAACAGCACAAACUGCAAAUCCCUUGCUAACAACCCUCUUACAAUCCAGGUCGAACUGGGUGCAGGAAGCAAUGUCACCUACAAAGUUCAGAGCGACGGCACAUUGUUGGCCUCAUCGUCCGCUGCUGUGGGCAUAGUCCCUCACAACAUCACCCUGGGUCCAGAGGAGGUGCAGAACCUGGGUCCAGGCUGUCAUCAGCUGACUCUGCUGGCCUCUAACAACGUCACAGCUGCUGACCCCUCCACUGAGCUGGAGGUGUGUGUGCUGGAGCCGGUGCAGGGGCUGCAGGCGUCCGUGUCCACACAGGCCCGGCCGUGCCCCGAGGCAUACCUCCACAUCACCGUCUCUCUGGACUACGGGGCCCCCGCGCAGCUGCUCUUCCAGAUAUCCGACAGUGACAAUAACACCGUCCAGGAGACGAGAGAAAUGGACAGUGGCAGUGUUCAGGUUUUCAGCUUCUCAACAACCAUCCAAGGAAUGGUACAAGUGAAGGUCACAGCAUGGAAUGCAUUCUCAGCCAUAGAGCAGGAUGCAGGAAAUACCUUAGCUUUGCCUCCCUGGUUAGUGAAAAAGACAUGCCAUGGGCCCACAGUCAUAAUCACUCCUCAGAUUAGUUUAUAUGUCAACAGGAUGUCUCGAAAGAACCUUGCGAAACAGCCAAUCACAAUUCAGAACUGCAGCUCUGCCAGCUUCACUUUGCCACCUUUAUAUCCCUCGGUUGUGUCAUCAAAGACGUCUGUGGAUGUCCGGAUGAUGACCUUUGAGACAAAUCCAUUUGCCUGGAACACAGUGCAGUCCAUCAAUGGUACAGUGGGGGCUCUGUCUCUCAACCAACAUAAUGGCUCCCCCAUCCCCGUUGCUAACUUGACAAACGAGAUUGAGAUUCUUUUGCCAAGGCAAUUGGCUGCUGUAGUGAACAGCACCUUUCUGGACCUUGCAAACUUCAGCACCAUCGUGAUCAAUGUGACGUCGCCUAACGUGUCCCUGGUGCUCAAGCUGGACCCCUCAGAAGACGUCUCCUUACAUUUGCUAAUAGGGUUCCAGGAGCACCCCAACGACACACACUACGAGGCACAAACCUACCUGCCGCAUGAGGGAGACACACAAGAGGAGAGAUACACAUGGGUGUUGAGCCCCAGGGAUAGGACCAUAGAUGAAGGCGUAUACUACCUUCUAGUGAGGCCUGUGGUUGGGGCAGGAGUCAACUCUACAAAUGCCACAGUCUCCAUCACGACCAUUGCUGCUCAAUGUGUGCACUGGGAUGAACUGAAGCUGAACUGGAGUGACUACGGAUGCAGGGUUGGCCCACUGACUACACCCCUGGUCACGCAGUGCUUGUGCAACCACCUGACGUUCUUUGGAAGCUCCGUCUUCGUCAUGCCCAAUGUUGUGGAUGUGAGCCAGACGGCUCAGCUUUUCGCCACUUUUCUUAACAAUCCGGUGGUGGUGUGCUUUAUUGGCGCCAUUUUCCUGGCCUACCUCGUGGUAGUGAUAUGGGCACGCCGGAAAGACAUUCAGGACACAGCCAAGGUUAAGAUUACUGUGCUGGAAGACAACGACCCCCUGGCAGAGUACAGAUACCUGCUCAACAUCAGCACUGGGCACCGGCGUGGAGCUUCUACUUCCUCACAGGUGACAGUGACUCUGCUGGGCACUGAGGGUGAGAGUGAACCACACCAUCUGACUGACCCAGACAAGCCAGUGUUUGAGCGAGGUGGGGUGGACAUGUUUUUACUGACCACGCCGUUCUCGUUGGGCGAACUAAAGAGUAUCAGGCUCUGGCAUGACAACUCAGGAAAUCACCCUGGCUGGUAAGAUAUGCCUAUACACUGCUACAGUACCAGUCAAGAACCCACUUUUUAUCCAAGGUCACUUACAUAUGUAUUACAUAUUACAAGGUUCCAUUUAGAAGCAAGGAUGCUGUUGCAUCUGCUGUUCUGCCUUUCAUUUUGCAGCAAUCUGUUCUACAUGAAGUCACUGAAAGACUUCCGUGACGGCCACAUCUGGUUCUCUGUGUUCAGCCGCCCUCCAAACAGCAACUUCACGUGUGUCCAGCGUGUCUCCUGUUGUUUCUCCCUGCUGCUGUGCACCAUGCUGACCAACAUCAUGUUCUGUGGUGUGCCCACAGAUUCUGCCGAGCAGACCAUGGACUUGGGUCACAUUGAGUUCACCUGGCAACAAGUGAUGAUUGGCGUCCAGAGCUCCAUCAUCAUGUUUCCCAGCAACCUCCUCAUCGUCAGCAUCUUCAGAAACACACGCCCGCGGGAGAGGAAGUCCAAGAAGCCUGUGAGGGUCAAGAGUAAGGCAGACACCUGCAAACAGGCCAAGAGUGGUCGUGUGUCACCAACCCAGCCGCUCUCCCCUGAGAGCCAGCACAGGGACAUAACACCAGAAACUGUCACCAAGGACAUAAAAAGAAUAGCACGGUCACUCUCCAAGGUGCUGAAGAAGCCUCUUUCCAGGAUAGAUGUGGCAUCUGGCAAAAACCCUGACAUCAACACGCUUCUUUCACUCGUGGAGGACAUCAUCCGGCAGCAAAACCGUGCAGGGGACAGGUUUUACACAGACAACUCUAAGUUCACGGACGCUUUGAAAGAGAACCCUUCCUCUGAGAGCCCAAAGGAAAUGACCAGUGACGGGCAGAAGUGCAGCCUGUACACCCAGUACCUCUACCGGCAGCUUCAGCACGUGGAGAAAGAGCUGGGCCUGCUGGGGCCCACACGCUUCUCCAACCCCCACAGCUACAGCCAGGCCGUGCAGCAGGCCCGGGGCAUGAAAGGCCUCCUGGAGCCCCACCUGCCCUCCACCUCCAGCACAGACCACCCCACCCGCAGCCCCGAGGGAGGGGGCAGUAGCGGUGGCAAGAGAUGCUGUCAGGGAGGCCUGCCCUGGUGGUUCGUGUUUGUGGGCUGGCUUCUGGUGGCGGUGACAAGUGGGGUGUCGGCGUUCUUCACAAUGCUGUACGGGCUAAAAUACGGGAAAGAGCGCUCCGUCAGCUGGCUCAUCUCCAUGGUGGUGUCCUUCCUUGAAAGCAUUUUUAUCACUCAGCCUCUGAAAGUGCUUGGUUUUGCGGUUUUCUUUGCCUUAGUGCUAAAGAAAGUUGACCAGGAGGAAUAUGGCGAUGUGCCUAUUGAGGAAUCAGUGUCAAAUACCGACAGCACAUGCAGUUUCUACCAGCCACCACCAGCCUCAGACAUUGAGAGGAUGAGAAUGAAUAUGAUCAAGGAGCAGAAAGUGUUUGCCCUCAUCACAGAGAUUCUCACAUACAUGGGCUUCAUGUGGAUGUUACUCUUGGUUGCCUACGGUCAGAGGGAUCCAAACGCGUUCUAUCUGACCCAGCACAUUCAGAGAAGCUUCAGCAGUGGGAUCACACACUCGAUGAGCCACAAGGAGGUCUUUACGUGGGCCAAUACAUCCCUUCUGAACAACAUUUUUGGACAAUAUCCAGGAUCACAGUCUGAUAUACUCAUUUGUCUGUAUUUACUUCAGGCUCGCCAGGUAAGGGUGCAGAAAGACUCCUGUCGCAUUGCCCGCUCCAUGCAACGGUCAGUCAAGGACUGCCAUGCUCCGUACUCUUGGGAGAUAGAGGACCGGGGCUCCUAUGAACCAGGCUGGAAUCGCUCCAGGGAUGCAAACACCUCCCAGACUGCUGCUCCCAGCCCCUGGCAAUACCUGAGCCAGUCCCGACUCAGAGCUCAUCCCAUAUGGGGCAACGUGGCCCUGUACAGAGGAGGCGGCCUUGAGGUGGAGCUGGGCCCUGACCUGACCAAUGCUACAAGUGCGCUUCAGUACUUGUUUGACAACAGAUGGCUGGAUGUUUACACUCGUGCUAUCUUUGCGGAGUUCACUGUGUACAAUGCCAACAUCAACCUUUUCUGCAUUGUUACACUAAUGCUAGAAACAACAGCUGUGGGUGCAUUCCAGUACCGUAGUGAGAUACAGACUGUCCGUCUCUAUCAGUCUACGGGUGGCUUACACAUUUUCGUCAUGGCCUCUGAGGUCAUCUACUUUCUUUUCAUUCUCUACUACAUGUAUAUCCAGGGCAAGCUAAUGAGGCAGCAGAAGUGGGCUUACUUUAAGACUAAGUGGAACCUUCUUGAGCUGGCCAUCAUCAUCCUCAGCUGGAGUGCACUGAGUGUGUUUAUCAAAAGAACAUUGCUGGGAAACAGGGACCUGGAAUUCUAUCUAAACAACAAAGACCAGUACAUCAGUUUCCAUGAGACUGCUACAGCAGACGCGACGCUGGGCUACCUGAUCGCCUUCCUGGUUCUCUUGUCCACCAUUAAGCUGUGGCACCUCCUGCGGCUCAACCCCAAACUGCACCUCAUCACCUCCACCCUGCAGAGGGCCUGGACAGACAUCUCAGGCUUCCUGCUGGUCAUGACCAUCAUGUUUCUGGCCUACUCUAUUAAUUGCAACCUAAUGUAUGGCUGGAAGCUGUCUUCAUACAGGACAUUCAUUAAUGCAGCACAGACUAUGGUCAGCCUACAGCUUGGUAUCUUCAAUUAUGAAGAGGUGUUGGAUUAUAACCCAGUUCUUGGUGCAUUCCUAAUUGGCUCUUGUAUCAUCUUCAUGACCUUUGUGGUAUUGAACCUCUUUAUUUCUGUGAUCCUGGUGGCAUUUAGUGAAGAGCAACUUCACCAUAAGCCAUCUGAAGAGGAGGAGAUAGUGGACCUGAUGCUGAUGAAAAUGUGCAGUCUGUUUGGGUUAAAAAUUAAGAAGAAAGGAGAAGCAAGUGGCUCCUCCUCUGCCACUAACAAUCCAGCACCAUCUGUCAUAUCGUAAAACUAUUGGUUGUCCAUUGUCCAGGUUAAGAAAUAAAAGCACUCUGGUGUUGAGUAGAAUGUCUGUGUUUCUUUUGAGUAAUGAUGUAAA